AUGAUUGAUUCUAUGAAACUUUCAGCUGGACCAGUCAGCUUAGAGGGGCCUCAGGUCCAGGUAUCAGGUUGGUGGAGGGUCCGUGCUGGUACACCCUGGAGGACCUGCAAAUGUGCAAGGGUGCAUGAGGGACGAGUGUGUGUGCAUGUCCAGCACAAGCACCGGGCUGGACCAGCUGCUUUAAUAAAUAUUCCAAAUGUGACUGAGAUAAAGGAUGACAUGAACCUUGGCUUGACUCUGAUACAGAACUCAAAAACAGGAGGAUUUUUGACUUGUGGUCCCUUGUGGGCACAGCAGUGUGGAAGCCAAUACUACGCAACAGGAGUCUGUUCUGAAAUCAGUCCAAGUUUCCAGAUCCUAAGAAGCUUUUCUCCUGCUGUUCAAAAGUGUUCCUCUGUCAUAGAUGUUGUGGUGGUUUGCGAUGAGUCAAACAGCAUUUAUCCCUGGGAUGCAGUGCGGGCAUUUUUGAAAAAAUUUGUACAGGGCUUAGACAUUGGCCUUAACAAAACCCAGGUGGGUUUAAUUCAGUAUGCUAAUGAUCCCCGUGUAGUGUUCAACUUGAAUACAUAUCAAACAAAGGAUGAGGUUGUUAAAGCAAUGGAGGGAACGUAUCAGAAGGGAGGAGAUCUGACUAAUACUUUCAAAGCCAUUGACAAUGCAAGACAGUAUGCCUUCUCACCUGAAUCAGGAGGCCGUCCAACAGCCACAAAAGUAAUGGUUGUUGUGACAGACGGUGAAUCACACGAUGGCUCCAACUUGAAAACAGUGAUAGGUAAAUGCAAUGAAGACAAUAUAACCAGAUUUGGCAUUGCUGUUUUGGGAUACUUAAUCAGGCAUGAACUUGAUACUAAAAACUUAAUUAAAGAAAUCAAAGGAAUUGCUAGUCAUCCAACAGACAAGUAUUUCUUUAAUGUGUCAUCUGAGGCUGCACUACUGGAAGAAGCAGGAACACUUGGAGAGCGCAUUUUUAGUAUAGAAGGUACAGAUCAAGGUGAUACAUUCCAAAUGGAAAUGUCACAGGUGGGCUUCAGUGCAUAUUACUCACAAAAAAAGGAUGUUCUGCUGCUGGGUGCUGUUGGGGCCUAUGACUGGAGUGGAACAGUAGUUCAGGAGUCCUCAGACAGAGUCACCACUUUUCCAAGCCAUGUGUUCGAGAAAAUUCUACAGGACAGAAAUCAUAGCUCAUAUCUAGGUUAUUCUGUUGCUGUUCUCUCAACUCAGAGCUCCAUCUAUUUUGUUGCUGGUGCACCAAGAUCUAACUACACUGGCAGAGUAGUGGUUUAUGAUGUUGACAGCGAUGGUAAUAUCACAAUUGUGCAGUCCCAGAGAGGCGAGCAGAUUGGCUCCUACUUCGGCAGUGUGGUGUGUUCAGUGGACAUUAAUAGGGAUUCUGUGACAGAUGUGCUGCUUGUGGGUGCACCAAUGUUUAUGAAUGACCUGAAGAAAGAGGAAGGCAGAGUAUACAUGUUUUCCAUCACAAAGGGAAUUUUGGAUCAACAAGAACUCUUGGAAGGUCCACAGGGGUCAGAAAAUGCUCGCUUUGGAUCAGCAAUCGCAACGCUUGCAGACAUUGAUUUGGAUGGCUUUAAUGAUGUUGUAAUAGGUGCACCACUGGAAAACCAAAACUCUGGAGCAAUUUACAUUUACAAUGGAUUUCAAAAGACUAUGCGUACCAAACAUUCUCAGAAAAUUCUAGGAUCAAAUUCUGCUUUUGGACAACGGCUCCAAUUCUUUGGAAGAUCAGUAGAUGGCCAUAGAGACUUAAAUGACGAUGACAUUACUGAUGUAUCGGUUGGUGCUGAUGGAAAUGUGGUUCUGCUAUGGUCACAAAGCAUUGCAAAUGUGUCCAUAAUUGCCUCAUUUAAACCUGAGAAAAUCAGUCUGCUGAACAAGAACACAGAAAUAACUGUCAAAAUAUGUUUUCAGGCUACAUUUAGACCUGCUAAGAGAAAUAAUCAAGUGG